CUCUCUCCUAUAAAUGCCCUAAGACUUCCAAGCUGUGAUCUUCUUCUUUUUCUCCUUCCUCUCUCUAUCUUGCUCGCUCCGCUGAAGCUUUUCACGGGUUUUUUCAGUCUCCCUUCCUCCUAGGGUUUUUCGUUUAUUCUCCCCAUCUCCGUCUUCUCUUCACAGACGAUAUAGAGUCGAGAUCCAUAUCCAGAUUUAGGAGCUUCCUGUUGAAGUUUGAAGGUAUAUUUCAGUCUUCGGAAGAACUAGUUUUCUGCUUAAAUGUUUACCCGCCUGCUAUAAAUGCUUUAUAGCUAUGAGAAGAUUUCAGGAAGCGUGUGCUUAAUGGACUGCACCCCUAAUUGCAAAGACAAGAAAAGUCUGAAGAGGUGGUUCUUCAUUGAUAAAAUGGUUGGGUAGAUAAUUCAGUAGUCAAACAAAAGCAUAGGAAGCAGCUGCUGUUAAUUUUGAACUUGACAUCAUACUUUAAAGUUUUGAAGAUUCCAAAGUGGUCUGGCUCCAUGGAUUUGAAACCUAACCUUAAUUCCCCCGUUCUAGCUGAUCAAGUCCCUGUGAAAAUGUCAAGUCUAGGCAGAUCGGCUACUUCGGCACCUUACUGGGCAUCAUUUUCUUCUGAUCUCCAUUUAAUCAUUCCCAAACGAAGAACUUUUCCUAACAAGCUUGAUGAUGUCCGUACUUCUGGCUGGCUGGAUGCCAUGAAAGCAUCAUCGCCUCCUCGUAAAAAGAUCAACAAGGAUAUUAACUUUGAUACCGCUUCUGAAGAAGCUGAUGCACUGUAUCUCUCUUGGCUGAAGAUCUAUCCUUCAGCUAUAUCAUCGUUUGAGAAAAUCACAAAUUAUGCCAAGGGCAAAACAGUAGCUCUGUUCUUGGAUUAUGAUGGGACUCUUUCUCCUAUUGUGGACAAUCCUGAACAUGCUUUUAUGUCAAGUGCGAUGCGCACCGCAGUUAAAAAUGCUGCCGGUUAUUUUCCAACAGCCAUAAUAAGUGGAAGGAGUCGUGAUAAGGUUCACGGAUUUGUUGGGCUAAAUGAACUCUAUUAUGCUGGUAGUCAUGGUAUGGACAUAAUUGGCCCGGUUAAAGAUUCUAAACGUGUCUCUAACCAGCCAAAUACCAUUCGUUCUACGGAUGAACAGGGAAAAGAAGUAAACUUGUUCCAACCUGCAAGUGAGUUUCUACCCAUGAUCGAUGAGGUUUUUAGAUCGCUCAUCAAGAAUACAAAGGACAUUUUAGGCUCAAAAGUUGAAAACAACAAAUUUUGUGUCUCUGUACAUUAUCGCCUGGUUGAUGAGAAGAGUUGGGAUCUGAUUGCCCAGCGAGUUCUUGAUAUUAUAAAAAAUUAUCCUCGGCUACGACUAACUUACGGACGGAAGGUUUUAGAAAUCCGCCCUGUUAUAGACUGGAACAAAGGGAGAGCUGUUGAAUUCUUGCUCGAGUCCCUGGGACUAAAUGAUCGUGAUGAUGUUCUUCCAAUAUAUGUUGGAGAUGAUCGAACCGAUGAAGAUGCUUUCAAGGUCUUAAGAGUAGGAGGCAAAGGCUUUGGCAUUUUGGUUUCUUCAGUACCUAAAGAAACUAAUGCCUAUUAUUCACUGAGAGAACCUUUAGAGGUCAUGGAUUUCCUUAUAUCCUUAGUGAGGUGGAAGAAGGCUGAAAUGGCGACACAUUGAUUUGUUUGAUUUUUUUUUUUUAAGUUCCUGUAAUCUAUUAUUAUUAAUAAAAGAUGAGUGAGCGUAUCAAGGCUUUCAUUUCUAGUCCGAUUAUCUUUGUUGGUUAUUUUAGUGAAGGGAUGAAAGGUAGUCAUUAGUGUUUUUGGGGCUUAAGCCAUCAUAAUAUAUCGUGCUCAUUGUAAUUUUAGUUUUGUUAUUUAUUUCCUUAAACGCUGGUUUCUUUGUAAUAAUUCUUUAUUAUUAUUAUUAUUUUUUCAAUCUA